GUCGCCAGUCUUGCCAUGAGGAAGUGUUAAGAGAACGUUAUCCAGAGCAAGUGUGCUGCAGCUAUGGCUGGAAACAGGAACGUCAACAUUAUUAUCGUAGGCAGUGGGAUAGCGGGGAUCGCUGCGGCUCACAGGCUGGUUAAUUCUGGGUACACUAAUGUCCACAUACUUGAAGCAACUGGAAGAAGCGGAGGACGAAUUAAAACUGGCCUAUUUGGUAGUAAAGUCAUUGAGAUUGGGGCAAACUGGAUCCAUGGACCCUCUGAGGAAAACCCAGUUUUUUGUCUGGCCCGUCAUUAUGGGCUCUUGGACCCAGAGGCUCUGACCCAAGAAAACCAGAACUUUGACCUGGGAGGAGAAACACCCUGGGUUAGCAACGUCUUCAGCAGUUCAGGUCGGAAGCUGAAUGAGAAGGACAUCUAUCCAGCUCUGGAGAUGUUUACCAUGCUGCUGAAUGAAAGUUCACAGUUUCAGAAUCAAAUGGGAGAACCCUAUGCCAGUGUGGGAGACUUCAUACGCUCAGAGGUGAGAAAACGAUGUGUGGAGAAGUGGAAAGACAUCGACUCGGCCACCAAAUCCCUUCAGCUGUGUGUGAUCAGCGGCAUGCUGAAAAGAGAAUGCUGUGUUAAUGGGUCACACAGCUUAGAUGAGGUUGGUCUGGGGGCGUUUGGCCAAUACAAGACCUUUCCUGGAUUGGACUGUACAUUCCCAGGUGGCUAUGAAGGUCUGAUUGCAAACUUGAUGUCAGAGCUCCCUGAUGACAUAGUAAAGUACUAUCGACCUGUGCGGAGUGUCUACUGGAGCAACACCGAGAAGCAAAGCUCAGUAAUUGUGGAGUGUGAGGACGGGGAAAGGAUAAACGCAGAUCAUGUUGUCGUAACAGUGCCUUUAGGAUACUUAAAGAGACACCAUUCACGUCUGUUCCACCCUCCUCUUCCUCUUCACAAGCUGCACUCCAUCCAGAGGCUAGGCUUUGGAACCAACAACAAAAUAUUUGUGGAGUUCAACGAGCCGUGGUGGGAUGCUGACUGUGAUGUCAUUCAGCUGGUGUGGGAGGAUGAGGAUGCGUUGGUGGAUCAGGUCCCAGAUGUGAAGAGUUCCUGGAUAAAGAAGAUGUUUGGCUUCACUGUGCUCAAACCCACUGAAAGGUAUGGUCAUAUUCUCUGUGGGUGGAUCGCAGGGCAUGAGUCUGAGUACAUGGAGACACUACCUGAGGAGGAGGUCACAGAUGCUGUCACACAACUUGUCCGCAGAUUCACAGGGAAUCCUUCCAUCACUCCACGGAGGAUCCUGCGCUCCCAAUGGUUCCAGGACCCCUGGACAAACGGAUCUUACAGCUACUUAGCAACGGGCUGCUCACAGCAGGAUCUGGAGAACAUGAUGGAGCCUCUGCCACCCAAUGCAUCGAAAGCCCGACCCUUGCAGGUGUUGUUCGCUGGAGAAGCCACUCAUCUCUCCUACUUUUCCACCGUCCAUGGAGCGCUUCUCUCUGGCUGGAGGGAAGCUGAGAGACUCAUCUCCCACUACUCCUCCGCUAAUGCCUCCAAGCGCCGAAUGUCAAAGCUUUGAAAGAGCGACACAGUUGCUAAAAUAAAAAGACAUUACAAAUGCAUG